UGUAGGGCCAAUCAGCGGCGGUGUUGCUUUUGCGGCUCCACGUCGGCACCAGCUGCGGGGCAAGAUGGAGGCGCUGAUUUUGGAACCCUCCCUGUAUACUGUCAAAGCCAUCCUGAUUCUGGACAAUGAUGGAGAUCGACUUUUUGCCAAGUACUAUGACGACACCUACCCCAGUGUCAAGGAGCAAAAGGCCUUUGAGAAGAACAUUUUCAACAAGACCCAUCGGACUGACAGUGAAAUCGCCCUCUUGGAAGGCCUGACAGUGGUAUACAAAAGCAGUAUCGAUCUCUAUUUCUAUGUGAUUGGCAGCUCCUAUGAAAAUGAGCUGAUGCUCAUGGCUGUUCUGAAUUGCCUCUUUGACUCAUUGAGCCAGAUGCUGAGGAAAAAUGUAGAAAAACGAGCUCUGCUGGAGAACAUGGAGGGUCUCUUCUUGGCUGUGGAUGAAAUCGUAGAUGGAGGGGUGAUCCUAGAGAGUGAUCCCCAGCAAGUGGUACACCGGGUAGCACUAAGGGGUGAAGAUGUUCCGCUUACGGAGCAGACCGUGUCUCAGGUGCUGCAGUCAGCCAAAGAGCAGAUCAAGUGGUCACUCCUUCGGUGAAGACCUCACUGUUCCUGGCUCCUCACCCCCUCAGAAAAUCCACAUAUCUGCUGUGACUUCUCAUCCAGUCCCCCAACUGAUGCUCUCAGGGUCAUCUCGGGGAUCACAAGGGAUCCUUAAGUCUCCAUCCUCUCUGUGGUUGCUCCCCCAACCCCCCACUUAUGCUUCCUAUUCUUUCACACUUUUUUUUUUUUUUUUCAACAGCCUGGGAGUAAAGCUCCCAUCAGAUUCAAACGCAGGGUAGUAGGGAAAGCACCCUCUUCCUUUCUACACCGAACUGUGCUCUCAUGCUCUCCUACCCCCCCCCCCCCCAUAUUUUCUUCUCAACUUCGGUGCCCUUUGCUGCAGCUACACUUGAGAUCAAAGCAGGAGAAAGAAUGUGCUGAGUGUUUUCCUCCCUUUGCCUUUACCAGGCCUUCAUCCCAACAGCCCAUAUGUUAGCAAGGGGAGGGAGGGAGAGAAUGUUUUUUCUAUAGAAUGAGUGGGGGUGGCAUAUUCCAGUCUCAGCCACAGCCCCACUCACUCACUGGCCUCAGCGUUUCCUCCCAUUCCUUCUUACUGCCCUGUCCUCCAGCCUUGGGAGAAAAGAUGGGGAACAGCUCGUGGGCAGGGGACAGAGUGGAAGAAGUAGGGAUUUAAAUGUUAUGGGAUAGGGCUGAUAAAAGUCUGUAUUUCAGUCACAGCUGCAUUCUUAACCCUGAUCCUGGCUUCUAGCUUCAGAACCGCUGUGGGUCUGUGAGUGUUCACUGUAGGACUGUCCAUCUCCUGGUCCCACUACCUGGACUCUGUCCACCUUCGCCACCCCUGGGAUCUUUGCCUGGCCUGUCCUCGCUGUGCCCUGGAGCAAAGCCGGUCCCUGAACUAAAACUCCCAUUUUCAUCCUGGGAAGAAGAGGUUUUGCUCAGAACUGGGGAGGGGGUGGGAUUUGUGACUUGGGCCUCUGGGCUCUGUCCCCUUCGCUCUCCCCACAUGCAUUUCACUCCUCUGCCUUGGGUCUGCAGUCUCUGUUGCUUAACCCCCUCUUCUCUCUGCCUCAGCCUUACAUCCAGGCAGUAGGUCUGCGCUCUCUCCCUCCCUGGGUCGCUGAGAGAGGUGCCUUUCUUCCGAAAACCUUUGGGAUUUGGAUUCCCCCAGGAAGAUGGGGGACGGAGCACCCCCUCUUGGGUCUAAUCUUUCCCCCUGACCCAAAACUUCCCACAAAAAUGUCUCAAAAAACACCUUCCUGAGGCUUCCCUCUGCCCCACCCACUAACUGUCAGUUCUCCAAGACUGAAGUGGGGUGAAUAACCGGGCAUAUCUGAGGGGACGUUUUUGGGGUCAGAGACGUAUGGAGUCAGGAGAUAGCCACCCUCAUCUACUGCUGUGCGCAAAGAGGAAUAAAACAGAUUUUUUUCCAAA